UGUCUACAGCACGCAUACAAAAUCAACCGGACCACUUCUAAUUCGUCACUACAAGCUAAUACAGUAAACUUCACCUGGGCGUUGCCUGCUAAACUUCAGAUUAGGUUUUCUUAAGUCAGCGCUAGCUGUACCAGUCUCCACUCAUUUCUUAUCGAAGAAAGAAAUAGGCACCAACAUAUUCUUUAAAAUGUCCUCCACACUGAGAAUGGUGCUGCUGUUCGGCAUGAUGGGUUGUGGUCACUUAAUCACCGUGAUGGUUCCCCAGAGAUACAUAAACGUGACGAAGGGUAAUAGCGCUUUCCUCCAGUGUACGUUCGUAACCACUCAACAGCAGACCAACGACCUCAUGAUCCAAUGGAGUUUUGUUUCCAAAAACAACAUAAUUCCACAGCAGGUGUAUUUCUCUCAAUCAGGAGAAAGCAUUAUUUCUAGUGCUUAUAAAGGCAGGUUGACACCCCCCUCCUCUCCAGCUACUACUAACAACGCUUCAGUAACAAUAAGCAACAUGCAAGUGUCCGACACAGGGUCCUACACAUGCGAAGUCCGCAACUUCCCUGAUGUCAGUGGGAAGACUGAGGCCACCAUCUUUGUCAAAGUCCUUGAGAUCCCUUCUGCGCCUUUCUGUGCUGUCCAUGGUAAUGUGGAAUCUGGUCACCUGGUUACCCUCACCUGCCAUAGUGAGAAGGGAAGCCCCCCUCCGACCUACACCUGGGUCAGGCAGGACAAGAACAAGAAAUUGAUACCCGUGCUGCUUGGGAGCACCAAUCCAACUGAGGGAUCACUGUACAUCAGAAACAUAUCCCAGUUUGAGUUUGGAGAGUACAAGUGCACCGCCUCUAAUACUGUUGGAUCUGCUUCUUGCACGGUGGAGCUCGAACAUGAGUUGGGAGGCGGGAUCAUUGCUGGUGCAGUUAUUGGAGCACUUCUUGGAGCUGUCCUGAUUAUCCUCAUCGUCUGGUAUGUGACACACAUGAUGAAGAAGCAGAAAUACACAGCUACAAAGACCACCGAGAUGCAAGCCGUACCUAAGAGCUCUUCCGUUAUUGCGUAUGAAGACGUCCAUACCAGGGGGAGUGACCAUCAGGGCUCCAUGACCUCCAGAGGGGUUCCCAUGGCAACAGACAGCCACGUCCAUGCUGAUGCUGAUAGAGAGAACGCAGAGGCUUAGGAGAAGCCAGACACACACGACUAGUGGUGACAUCACUGAUCUGAGAAAGAAAACAAUGCUCUUCUGGACGGUACCAUUGCCUUUGUGACACGUUGGUAAAGAGCUAUUUUUGGUUUGUGUAAUAUGUUUUUAUUGUCAAUUUAGUUAAUGCUUCAUGUUCUUUUAAUGAAAUAUAAGAAACAAAAAUUAUUGAAUGCUGACUCUACUGCCUGAAUACUUUUAAUAUGGGGUAAUCCAUGUAUUCCCAAACUAGAUUUUUUUUAUCUAAUUCCCAUUUCAUAUUCAUUGUGACAUUCAAACCAAUGAUGACUCAUUCCUGCUUUUCAGUGAAAGAAAUAAAGAAACAUUUGAUUUUCCAUGACAGAGACAGGUGUUUCAUUGCUAAUGUGGAUAUACACAUUUUCUGGAAUGAUAUUUAGUAAAAGUCUAACAUGUUUGGGCUGUGGUGACUGUAAUGUCUGCCUGUGGUCUUUCUAAGCACUCUGAGAAGAAAAAUAAGAGAGGAGCACAGCCAAUCAACUGUAGACUCUGCUACUUGACCAUAACAGCUCUCUAGUAUUUUCAAAUAAUAUCUAAGAAUGAGCCCAUAGAGAAAUUGAUAGAAAUAUCUGAACAUGAGAAAGGGGUAUGUUGAGGCAUUUUUAUAUUCACCAUCACAAUGUCUAGGGAAAUAUCUGAUUAUUUGUAACUUUUUUCCAUUUUUUAUUAGACACAAAACCAAAAACACAAUGCAAGGAAUCAUACAGAAAGUAAAGCUGUGUGUGUUUUGUUUCUAUAGACAAUAAACAAAUAAACAAUAAACAAA